UGCGAUGAUUGGAUGUUGGUCAGAUCGCAUGAGGAACGCAAGGCGAGAGUAAAGGCAAUUUCACUCCUGAUCUAAAUAAGAAAACACGUGAUCAAUGUCAGGACGAAGAGUGGUGGUUUUCCCCUCAGCGGCAGAGCUCGGGACCACUCUGGCCCAACUAGUGUCUUCUCGAGCUCAGAAAGCUCUUCACGAUGGGGGAAGUUCCUUUUCUCUGGGCCUUUCUGGAGGGAGUUUGGUGACCAUCCUCAGUAAGGAGCUGCCUGCUGUAGCAAACCUGGACUGCAGCGGUUGGCUCAUUGGGUUCUGUGAUGAGAGGCUUGUUCCAUUCAACCAUCCAGAGAGCACUUACGGAUUAUACAAGAAUCAUCUGUUCGAUAAAAUCAACAUUCCAGAGGAAAGAAUCUUGGCAAUAGAUCCUUCUUUACCUGCACAAGAAUGUGCUGAUGAUUACGCUGGCAAACUCAGUAAGGCUUUAAGUACAGAGCAAAUUCCGGUUUUUGACAUGCUCUUGCUAGGCAUGGGACCAGAUGGACACACCUGCUCACUUUUUCCAGAUCAUCCAUUAUUACAGGAAACCCAGAGGACAGUGGCCCCUAUCACCGAUUCUCCAAAACCACCCCCUCAACGUGUUACCUUGACAUUACCUGUGGUCAAUGCUGCUCGGUGUGUAGUUUUUGUGUCAACUGGGGGCAGCAAAGCUCCAGUACUCAAAGAAGUAUUAGAGGGUGGAGAAGACCAUGUGCUUCCAGCAGCUCUUGUCUCACCCAGACAGGGAGAACUCUUCUGGCUAUUGGAUGAGCCAGCUGCUGCUUCCCUCACUUCUCAGGUGGAGAGGCCAGGUCCUGGGGCUAAACUCUGAAUGCAGGAGACCAAACUUGUAGAAACACUGUGUCUAGGAUUCCUAUGAAGUCCUUAGGUGUCAGGCGUCAUCUUAUCUUCACAUUGCUUAAAAAAAUACAAAGUAACUAAACCAUAGUUGAUGCAGUUACUUUUAUUAUUCUAAAACCAUCACUGAUUAAGUCAGAGUCUUUGUCAGUUUAUUAAGACAUUGGUGGCUAAUACCAAGUGACCACAGUUGUAUCGUUUAACAAUAACUCUAGUAGCUAUUGUAUAAUAUUUUGGUGGAAACAAUGUUCAAUAAUUAUGCUAAUUUUUUGUUAUGAAGACCUGUGUCCGGGAAAUGAUAUCUGUAAAAACAAAACAAUGCAGUAUGCCCACAUAUCUGAAUAAAGAGUUGAU